GAUGUAGUUUACCAUGGCAACAAACACGCGAGAAUAAAGUUUAGUACUUCACAAGUGUGGUUAAUGUAAAAAAUACGUUAUACACUCAACGGGAACAUCUAGUUUUCGAUUUAAAAAAGGUCUGCGUUUAUGUGUGAUCAUUUAUGUACGAACGACUCUGGUAUCGAAUAAGCUAGCUCAGAUACCAAUGUAAAGUAGUUAGUAGCCAAUGAUAAAAGGUACUAAUAGGGUACAAAGAAUGAAGUUCCAGGAAAGCGAAUGCGUGUGCAGGAACCCAUCCCGGUGAGCAGGAAGCGAAAGGUAUGACGUCAGUUCGCCGAGUGGCGUCCAGUGCGCGCGUGCUUCGCUCCCGCUGUGUGUGCGUGCGUGCACGCCUUUACGCAGACGGGAAUAGUGCGCCAGAGGAAGUGCGCCCGAUGUCCGUCUGCGCGUCCCGACUUCCUGCUCUGUGGCGAGCAAAGCGCAGCGCAGCGAAGAGCAGAGGCGCGGAUCAGCGACAUGAGUCUUCACGCAGCCUGUUUUAAGACUAUAUAGAAGAGGACUAAUCCUGCCAUAAACGAGGAGCGUUUUGUUGAAUCUUACCAAUCAUGGAGAGCUCCAGCACCCUAUGGCAGUUCCUCCUGCAGCUGCUGCUCGACCAAAGCCACAAACAUCUCAUCUGCUGGACGUCGGACGACGGCGAGUUUAAGCUGCUCAAGUCCGAGGAGGUGGCCAAACUUUGGGGCCUGCGCAAGAAUAAAAACAACAUGAACUAUGACAAGCUAAGCCGGGCUUUGCGUUACUACUAUGACAAAAUGGACCCGUCAGCUGUGGAGGCCGGCCGGGGGAGCGAUAUGACAACAGAGAUGGAAGACCUCCACGCCCGAGAGAGACCCCGCUCCAUACUCCACGACGACAGCUCCACAGUCAUCCGGUUCGUCACCGACCGCGGCCACUCCCAGACUCGCUCCGCCUCGUCGCAGAGUCCCGCCCGCACAGUGACUGAUGAUUCCGAACAGGAAGAUGUGCCUUUAAAUCUGUCAUCCAGAAAGAGGGAAAGAGAAAGUACCCAAUUCCGGAAAGCCAAGGACCUAAAAGUCUCAUCCCCGUCCCUCCUCCUGGCAGGAAGUGACCUCGUCUCCAUCGCCUUGAAAAGUCCCACCCUGCCCUCUGGGUCCUUGACGCCAGCUUUCCUAACUGCACAGACCCCAGCUGGUCUAGUGCUAACCCCAAAUCCCCUGCACUUCUGGCCUAAUUUGAGUCCAGCUGGAUCCCCGAGCCCGGUCCGGCGGGAGAGCCACGCCACCUUCCAGUUUCCCACAUUGAUGAACGGCGCCAUCUCAUUGCCUAUGCACAGUGCGGAUGUUGCUUCUUUGCUGCUCUCCCCUCAUAAAUCCUGUUGAUGCCAGCCUUUUAAAAUAUUUCGUAAAAAUGGAAAGAAAAUGCCUUUUCAAAGAACUUUUUCUAAGAGACGCAACUGGGUUUACAAACCAGUCAAUGUGACUUUGUACAGACUUUACCUUUUCAAAUGUGCUGUGCCGAAUGUACAAAUGUUUAACUUUUUUUUUUUAAUGGGAAAUAAAGCGUUUUUGUCAAUAAUUUGUCAUAUUAAAGAAAAACCCAAAUGAACUGUUUAAAAUAAAUCAAUGUCAAAUUUAAGUAUUACCGCCCUCUUGUGGUCAACAGACGUACUUUUCAAAGCCUUUUGAUUGAAUCAGUGAAGCCAAUAACUACUGACCUCUCAGCUCUGAUGCAAUCACGACAGACCAAACUCAGCAGACGGGUUCUAUGAAACAGAUUCAAUUUACUUUCCGAUGGUUAUGAGAAAUAAAUAAUUCCAGUAGAAAGUGUCCCACCGGCAACUCCGUGUGGUUUCACGAAAACAGCAGGCCUUGCAUGCAGCAGGCACACAUUUGUUGCUGUAUACACACACGCGCGCAUACAUGAAAAUAAGGACAUUUAAACGUUUUGAAAAGAUGUAC